AUGGAGUCCUACGCGGUGAGCUGCAAAUACGCCGAGCCGCACUUCCCGUCUUGCGAGCAAGAUUACAGUCAUUUCACUGACCAAGGGGGGUACUACAACAGCCCCCAGGACUGUGGAACGUACGGCGGCGGCCGCUACCACCAGCCAACCGCCGAGCCGGGAUACCCGCAGCAGCCAACCGCCUAUGAACAUUCCUUGCAGACGCAGCUGCAGCCUCAACCGCGAGAGGAUGCUGAGCGGCUGCCCCAGCAAGGUGCGCCCUUCCCGGGCUACGACCAGCACGAAGACGCCACCGGUGGAGGGAAGGAAGGCGGCUUCGGGGAGAUGUGGAUGACGUGCGCCAGUAAACCCGCUCAGGUGCAGAGGAGAAGCGUUGCGGGAGGGGGCCACCAGCCCAGAGACAAGCCGCCCAUCGUGGUGUAUCCAUGGAUGAAGAAGGUGCAUAUCGCCCACGUGAACCCGAACCAUCCCGGCCCUGAGCCCAAGCGUCUGCGCACGGCCUACACGCGUCAGCAAGUUUUGGAGCUGGAGAAAGAGUUCCACUUUAGUCGCUACCUGACUCGCCGCCGUCGCUUGGAAGUGGCGCACGCGCUCUGCCUUUCAGAGCGUCAGGUCAAGGUUUGGUUCCAGAACCGGCGCAUGCGCUGGAAGAAGGACAACAAGCUGCCCAACACUAAGGGACGCAGCAAGGCCAAGAAAGGUGUCGACAAAGCGGCCGUCCAGGUGUGA